UACGGUGGCCGAGAAGGUUCAGACAAAUACAAAAGCAACAACACAAACGCAAACGCCACAACACAACACGAACGCCAAAACACAAAAUACAAAAGCCACAUCACAACCGCAAAUGCCGCAACGCAACACGAACGGCGCAACACAACACGAAAGCCAAAACGGAAGUAGCUGCCCACGGGAGCGAGCGUAUUUUGGAGGAACGCCCACGGGAGCGAGCGUAUUUUGGAGGAACGGAGCUGGAGGAUGCCAGAUCGUUUAAGAAAUUAGUACAUGAUGUAUUGCCCUUUUUGUGGGUUCAACCUGCAUGCAGAAACAGCAUUCUGCAGUUCAUGUGGCAAGAAUAUCACAUUUCUCAAAGAUGCUGCAAGACCUGGGACAAGUGAAGGUUCUGAAGCUACAACAGACGAUGACCUUAUUUUGAAUUAUUUCACAGAAGGCCAUAGUUAUGAAAUUAUUAUGGACCUAAUGGCAACCAAGCACAACGUUUCACUGAGUCUUAGCACUUUGAAAAGAAGACUACAGGAUGCAGGCCUGGCCCGGAGGACAAACUACAGUCCAAUUGCAACUGUGCAGGCAGCUAUAUCUGAGGAACUUAAGGGAUCAGGACAGCUCUUAGGAUACCGAGCAAUGUGGCAGACACUGAGACAGAAGUACUCUCUUGUAGUCAGAAGAGAUGAUGUGAUGCGCCUAAUCGGAGAGCUGGAUGCGUCUGGAAUAGAAAAACGCUCCAGGCGCAGAUUCGUCCGGAGAGCAUACCACUCAAUGGGAGCCAAUGAUGUCUGGCAUGUUGAUGGCUAUGAUAAAUUGAAACCUUUUGGGGUUGCAAUUAGUGGCUGUAUCGAUGGAUUUUCUAGAAAAAUCAUGUGGCUUAAAUGUGGAAAGUCUAACAAUGACCCAGGCGGAAUUGCUAAAAAUUACAUGCAGUGUGUAGCUGAGUUUGGAAUUAUUCCAAUGCGUCUCCGCACAGACUGCGGCACAGAAAAUGGACUGAUGGCAUCACUUCACUGUACACUGAGAUCAGAGCAUACAGACGAGUUUGCAGGAACCAAAAGCCACAUGUACGGCACUUCAACAUCCAACCAGCGCAUUGAAAGCUGGUGGUCCUACUUUCGAAAACAAAGGAGUCAAUUUUGGAUGGAUCUGUUCAGCGACUUGAGGGAGAGGCAUCUCUUCAAUGGCAGCUAUCAACACAGAAGUUUGUUGCGAUUCUGCUUCUUGGGCGUCCUACAGAACGAACUGGAUGAAUACAAGCAAUUGUGGAACACUCACACUAUUCGUCCAUGUCGCCAAUCCCAAUGCCCAUCUGGUAAACCAGAGGCUAUGUACAAUGUGCCUCACAGAUUUAACGGAAGGAAUUGUGGAUACCCAGUAUCCACACAAACCCUGAGCCAGUAUGACAGCCUCAUGCCAGCGCCAGAAACUCCAAGUGGAGAGGAUGAAGAGCAAAAUCGCUUUGAAGAACUGCAGAGACAAAGUGGUUUGACAUCUCCUCUACAUUGGGAAUCUGCUGUAGAGAACUACAUCUCCCUGAAGAACUUGGCUGAUAUUUAA